AUGGAUGGAGGAGAGGAGAGUUACGGAGGGGAGGAGGGUUACUAUGAUGAGGAUAACGAGAGCCUAGACCCUCGUGACAGGUAACGUGUCUGUCUGUCUGUCUGUUGUCUGGUUUGGUCUGUCUGACAGGUAAUGUGUCUGUAGGUCUGUCGGUCUGACAGGUAAUGUGUCUGUCUGUAUGUCUGUAGUCUCUCUGUCUGUCUGUCUGUCUCUCUUUGACAGGUAAUGGUCGUCGGUCUGGUGUCUGUCUGUCUGUCUGUUCUGUCUGUCUGUCUGACAGGUAAUGUGUGGUCGUCUGUCUGUCUGUCUGGUCCGAACAGGUAAUGUGUCUGUCGUCUGUCUCUUCUGUUGUCUGUCUCUCUGCUGACAGGUGAUAGUGUACCUUCUGUGUCGUCUGUCUGUUGUCUGUCUGUCUGUUGCCUGUCGGUCUGACAGGUAAAUGUGUCUGUCUGUCUGUCGGAAAGGUAAUGUGUCUGUCUGUCUGUCUGUCUUUGUCUGUUGUCUGUCUGUGUCGUCUGUCUGUCUGUCUGUCGUCUGACAGGUAAUUGGUCUGUAUGUCUGUCUGUCUGUCUGUAUGUGUCUGACAGGUAAUGUGUGUCGUCUGUCUGAAAGGUAAUGUGUCUGUCUGUCUUGACUGUCUGUCAGUUGUCUGUUGACAGGUAAUGUGUCUGUUAUGUCUGUCUGUAUCUGUCUGACAGGUAAUAAUCGUCUGUUCUGUUGUAUGAAGGAAUUGUGUCUGUCUGUCUGUUCUGAAAGGUAAUGUGUCUGUGUCUGUCUGUCUGUUCUCUGUAGGUCUGUCUCUCUGUCUGACAGGUAAUACGUCUGUCUGUGUCUGUCUGUACUGUCUGUCUGGCUGUCUCUCUGUCUGUCUGUCUGUCUCUUGUAUGUCUGGUGUCUGGUCUGUAUGUCUGUUCUGUUGACAGGUAGGUGUCUGUCGUUGGUAUGUCUGUCUGACAGGUAAUGUGUUCUGUCGGUCUGACGGUAUGUGUCUGUCUGUCUGUCUCUUCUGUCUGUCUGUCUGAUCUCUCUGUCUGACAGUUAGUGUGUUGUCUGUUGUCUGUUGUCUGUAGGUCUUCUGUCUGUCGUCUGUCUGUCUCUGUCUGACAGGUUAUGUGUCUGUUUGUCUGUCUGGCUGUCGGUCUGUCUGUUUUCUGUCUGUCUGAAAGGUAAUGGGUCUGUCUGUCUGUCUGUCCUGUCUGACAAGGUAAUGUGUAUGUCUGUCUGUCUGUCUGUUCUGUUAUGUCUGUCAUGUCGUCUGGUCUGUCUGGUAUGUCGUUCUGUAUGUCUGUCUGUAUGUCUGUCUGUCUGUCUGGUCGUCUGUCCUGAAGGUAAUGUGUCUGUCGUCUGUCUGACAGGUAAGGGGUCUGUCUGUAUGUCUGUCUGUGGGUCUGUAUGUCUGUUAUGUUUGUCUGUCUGAAAGGUAAUGUGUCUGUUGUCUGUCUGACAGGUAAUGUGCCUGGUAUGUCUGUAUCUCUGGUCUGUCUGUCCUGUCUGUCGAGAUGUCUGUCUGUCUGUUGUCUGUCUGACCGGUAAUGUGUCUGUCUGUAUGUCGUCUGUCUGUCUGUCUGUAUUGUCUGCUGUCGUUUGUCUUUCUGUCUGUAUGUCUGUCUGUUGUCUGACAGGUAAUGUGUAGUCUGUCUGUUGUCUGUCUGUUGUCUGACAGGUAAUGUGUCUGUCUGUCUGACGGCGGACAGGUAGGGUUGCUGUCUGUCUGUCUGUCCGCUUCUGUCUGUCUGAAAGGUAAUGUGUCUGUCUGUCUGUCGUCUGUCUGUCUGUCGACAGUAAUGUGUCUGUCUGUCUGUCUGUCUGUCUGUCUGUCCGUCUGUCUGUCUGAAAGGUAAUGUGUCUGUCUGUCUGUCUGUCUGUCUGACAGGUAGUGUGUCUGUCUGUCUGUCUGUCUGUCUGUCUGUCUGUCUGACAGGUAAUGUGUCGUCUGACUGUCUGACAGGUAAUGUGUCUGUCUGUCUGCCUGUCUGUCUGUCUGACAGGUAAUAUGUCUGUCUGUCUGUCUGACAGGUAAUGUGUCUGUCUGUCUGUCUGACAGGUAAUGUGUCUGUCUGUCUGUCUGUCUGACAGGUAAUGUGUAUGUCUGUCUGUCUGUCUGUCUCUCUGUCUGUCUGUCUCUCUGUCUGACAGGUAAUACUGUCUGUCUGUCUGUCUGAUCUGUAUGUCUGUCGUCUGUUGUCUGACAGUUAAUUCUGUCUGUUCGUCUGUCUGUCGACAGGUGGUUAAGUGUCUGUCGUCUGACAGGAUUGUAUCUGUCUGUAUGUCUCUCUGUGUCUGUCUUUGCUGAAAGGGAGUGUGUGUCUGUCUGUCUGGCUGUCUGUCUAUCUGUCUGACAGGUAAUGUGUCUGUCUGUCUGUCUGUCUGUCUGUUGUCUGAAAGGUAGUGUCUGUCGGUCUGUCUGUCUGUCUCUCGCUCUCUGUCUGUUCUGUUCUGGUCUGUCUGUCGUCUGUCUGUCUGUCUGCAGGGAAGUGCAUGUCGGUCGUCUGUCUCUGUCUGUCUGUUUCUGUCUGUCUGUCUGUCUGUCUGUCUGUCUGUCUGUCUGUUGUACUGGGGGGACAGGGGUAAGUGUUCGGUCUGUCUGUCUGUCUGUCUGUAUGUGUGUUGUUGUCUGUCUGCUGUCCGUCGUCUGUCUGUCUGUCUGGUCUGUCUGUCGCCACGGUAAGGUGUAUGUCUGUCUGUCUGUGGGUAUGUCUUCUGUCUGUCUGACAGAAUGUGUCAUGUCUGGUCUGUCUGACAGGUAAUGUGUCUGUCUGUCUGGCUCUCUCUCUCUUGUCUGGUUGUCUGUCGUCUGUCGUCUGUCUGUCUGGUCUGUCUGUCUGGACUGUCUGAAGGUAAUGUGUCUGUUGUCUGUCUGUCUGUCUGACAGGUAAUGUGUCUGUCUUUGGUCUGUCUGUCUGUCUGUCUGUCUGUCUGUCUUGUCUGUUGUCUGAAGGUAAUGUGUCUCUGUCGUCUCGUCUGUCUGUCUGUCUGUCUGAUAGGUAAGUUGUCUGUCUGUCUGUCUGUCUCUCUGUCUGUCUGUCUGUCUCUCUGACAGGUAAUGUGUCUGUCUGUCUGUCUGUCUGUCUGUCUGUCUGUCUGUCUGUCUGACAAGUAAUGUGUCUGUCUGUAUGUCUGACAUGUAAUGUGUCUGUCUGUCUGUGUCUAUGUGUCUGUCUGUGUCUCUGUGUGUCUAUGUGUCUGUCUGUCUGUGUGUCUGUAUGUUUGUGUAUCUGUCUAUCUAUGUGUCUGUGUGUCUGUCUAUGUGUCUGUGUGUCUAUGUGUCUGUCUGUCUGUCUCUCUGUCUGUGUGAAAGGUAACGUGUGUGUCUGUCUGUCUGUCUGUCUGUCUGUCUGUCUGUCUGUCUGUCAUGUCUGUCUGUCUGUCUGUCUGUCUGACAGGUAAUGUGUCUGUCUGUCUGUCUGUCUGUCUGUCUGUCUGUCUGUCUGUCUGUCUGUCUGUCUGUCUGUCUGUCUGUCUGUCUGUCUGUCUGUCUGACAGGUAAUGUGUCUGUCUGUCUGACUGUCUGACAGGUAAUGUGUCUGUCUGUCUGUCUGUCUGUCUGUCUGUCUGUCUGUCUGAUAGGUAAUUGUCUGUCUGUCUGUCUGUCUGUCUGUCUGUCUGUCUGUCUGUCUGUCUGUCUGUCUGUCUGUCUGACAGGUAAUGUGUCUGUCUGUCUGUCUGUCUGUCUGUAUGACAAGUAAUGUGUCUGUCUGUCUGUCUGACAAGUAAUGUGUAUGUCUGUCUAUGUGUCUGUCUGUGUGUCUGUGUGUCUAUGUGUCUGUCUGUCUGUGUGUCUACAGUGAGGGAAAAAAGUAUUUGAUCCCCUGCUGAUUUUGUACGUUUGCCCACUGACAAAGACAUGAUCAGUCUAUAAUUUUAAUGGUAGGUUUAUUUGAACAGUGAGAGACAGAAUAACAACAAAAAAAUCCUGAAAAACGCAUGUCAAAAAUGUUAUAAAUUGAUUUGCUUUUUAAUGAGGGAAAUAAGUAUUUGACCCCUCUGCAAAACAUGACUUAGUACUUGGUGGCAAAACCCUUGUUGGCAAUCACAGAGGUCAGACGUUUCUUGUAGUUGGCCACCAGGUUUGCACACAUCUCAGGAGGGAUUUUGUCCCACUCCUCUUUGCAGAUCUUCUCCAAGUCAUUAAGGUUUCUAGGCUGACGUUUGGCAACUCGAACCUUCAGCUCCCUCCACAGAUCUUCUAUGGGAUUAAGGUCUGGAGACUGGCUAGGCCACUCCCGGACCUUAAUGUGCUUCUUCUUGAGCCACUCCUUUGUUGCCUUGGCCGUGUGUUUUGGGUCAUUGUCAUGCUGGAAUACCCAUCCACGACCCAUUUUCAAUGCCCUGGCUGAGGGAAGGAGGUUCUCACCCAAGAUUUGACGGUACAUGGCCCCGUCCAUCGUCCCUUUGAUGCGGUGAAGUUGUCCUGUCCCCUUAGCAGAAAAACACCCCCAAAGCAUAAUGUUUCCACCUCCAUGUUUGACGGUGGGGAUGGUGUUCUUAGGGUCAUAGGCAGCAUUCCUCCUCCUCGAUUUUGGUCUCAUCUGACCACAACACCUUCAACCAGUUCUCCUCUGAAUCAUUCAGAUGUUCAUUGGCAAACUUCAGACGGGCCUGUAUAUGUGCUUUCUUGAGCAGGGGGACCUUGCGGGCGCUGCAGGAUUUCAGUCCUUCACGGCGUAGUGUGUUACCAAUUGUUUUCUUGGUGACUAUGCUCCCAGCUGCCUUGAGAUCAUUGACAAGAUCCUCCCGUGUAGUUCUGGGCUGAUUCCUCACCGUUCUCAUGAUCAUUGCAACUCCACGAGGUGAGAUCUUGCAUGGAGCCCCAAGCCGAGGGAGAUUGACAGUUCUUUUGUGUUUCUUCCAUUUGCGAAUAAUCACACCAACUGUUGUCACCUUCUCACCAAACUGCUUGGCGAUGGUCUUGUAGCUCAUUCCAGCCUUGUGUAGGUCUACAAUCUUGUCCCUGACAUCCUUGGAGAGCUCUUUGGUCUUGGCCAUGGUGGAGAGUUUGGAAUCUGAUUGAUUGAUUGCUUCUGUGGACAGGUGUCUUUUAUACAGGUAACAAACUGAGAUUAGGAGCACUCCCUUUAAGAGUGUGCUCCUAAUCUCAGCUCGUUACCUGUAUAAAAGACACCUGGGAGCCAGAAAUCUUUCUGAUUGAGAGGGGGUCAAAUACUUAUUUCCCUCAUUAAAAUGCAAAUCAAUUUAUAACAUUUUUGACAUGCGUUUUUCUGGAUUUUUUUGUUGUUAUUCUGUCUCUCACUGUUCAAAUAAACCUACCAUUAAAAUUAUAGACUGAUAAUUUCUUUGUCAGUGGGCAAACGUACAAAAUCAGAAGGGGAUCAAAUACUUUUUUCCCUCACUGUAUGUGUCUGUCUGUGUGUGUCUGUGUGUGUGUGUGUGUCUGUGUGUGUUUGUGCAUGUGUGUUUGUGUCUGUCUGUGUGUGUCUAUGCGUGCGUCUGUGUGUGUGUCUGUGUGUGUGUGUGUGUGUGUGUGUGUCUGUGUGUGUGUGUGUCUGUGUGUGGGGGUGUGUGUGUCUGUGUGUGUGUCUGUCUGUCUGUGUGUCUGUGUGUGGUGUGUGUGGUGUGUGUGUGUCUGUGUGUGUGUCUGUGUGUCUGUGUGUGUGUGUGUGUAUGUGUGUGUGUGUCUUUAGGAGUGUUUGAGAAUAUGUGUGCUGAUGCUAGAAGUUUGCUAGUGUGUAUAUAUAUAUAUAUUAUUGUGUUUGUUUUGAUCUUGAUCCUAAUCUUAAUCCCAUUCCUCCCACCCAGACUUCGUUACCCUGACGACCCUCCUCUGUACCCUGGUCAGCGUGACGCCCACGCCCCCAGCAACGCUGCCUACGGUAAUAACUAUGGCAACGGGAACGGGAAUGGCUAUGGAGAUGGACGGAGGACCGCGAGGAGACGCCUCCUCCCCGCCACACCUACCGGUAACGUCACUACACCAGGGCUGCUUUACACGGGGCAUGACGGUGGGGAACUAUCAGGUAGAAAUAUAUCAUGUAAAACAAAUAUGGCCUCUCACUCAUGUAGAGUAAGGAAUCAUGUCAUCUCUAUUCAUGACAUUUCUAUCUGCAAUGCUCGGAACGUUUUACGCUCUUGGCCUCUCUUUACACUGUCUUAAUGUUGGUUGUCCUCAUUCAGUGGUAAACUACAGUACAAGUCAAAUGUUUGGACACACGUACUCAUUCCGGGGUUUUUCUUUAUUUUUACUAUUUUCUACAUUGUAGAAUAAUAGUGAAGACAUCAAAACUAUGAAAUAACACAUAUGGAAUCAUGUAGUAACCCAAAAAGUUUUAAACAAAUCAAAAUAUAUUUUAUAUUUGAGAUUCUUCAAAAUAGCCACCCUUUGCCUUGAUGACAGCUUUGCACACUCUUGGCAUUCUCUCAACCAGCUUCAUGAGGAAUGCUUUUCCAACAGUCUUGAAGGAGUUCCCACAUAUGCUGAGCACUUGUUGGCUGCUUUUCCUUCCUGGUUCCACCAUGUAACUUCCUGUUUACUUCCUGGUUCCACCAUGUGGACUUAGUGUAUAUUUCUUGCUUCCUCCAUGUGACAUCCUGUUUACUUCCUGGUUCCUCCAUGUGAAUUCCUGUUUACUUCCUGGUUCCACCAUGUGACUCCCUAUUUACGUCCUGGUUCCUCCCAGGUCGUAAGCCAUCCUUUAAUAUCCAAUGUCUGAGGAGGCAGGACAGCAAUGAUGACCUCCCCAUCCCAGGAACCUACCACCAGAACUCUCCCCCCUGUCGGGCACGCACACAGGUCACCACACAGGUAACACAUCAGCACCGUCACACACACACACACACACACACACACACACACACACACACACACACACACACACACACACACACACACACACACACACAGAUAACAACAUCAGCACCGUCACACACACACACGCACAGAGAGAUAACAUCAGUACCGUCACACACACACUUGCAGAUAACAACAUCAGCACCGUCACACACACACACACACACACACACACACACACACACACACACACACACACACACACACACACACACACACACACACACACACACACACACACACACACACACACACACACACACACACACACACACACACAGAUAACAACAUCAGCACCGUCACACACACACACGCACAGAGAGAUAACAUCAGCACCGUCACACACACACGCAGAUAACAACAUCAGCACCGUCACACACACACACACACACACACACACUCUCACACACACACACACACACUCAUACACACACACAGGUAACAAGGAAUAUUGGAAAUGUGUAGCAAUAGCUGUAACAUUUCUCAAACUCUCUGUAAUUCUUUCCCCCCCCCAUCCCUCCAGACGUACGGCAGUUACGAGUCUCGUCGCAGCAGCAGCCGUUCCUCAACAGGUUCCUCUGCCUCCUGGGCUAACCCUUGCCCUCGCCGAGGUCGCCUCCUCUAUGCCCCUCUCAUCCUGGUCGAAGAAGAGGGGGUUGGGGGGAGCGGCGGCUCCGGGAUCUGGGGAGACAAGAAGGGUGGAGGGGCCAACGUGACGGCUGCCACCUCCCGACCUGGUCCUGCUGGGUGGUACACAGGGCCCCCUGGCCCCUCAGAAGUCUCCCAGGCACCAUAUAGGGCCUAUACCACACUGAGGGUCCCCACUCAGCUCAGCCCUCACUACAGCGACAAGAGAGGCAGUGCUGAUAGCCUGGUGGAGGCAGUGAGUAUAACACAUUCAGACAUAUUUAGAGAUUGAUAUUGAUAUAAGUCAGGACUAAUCCAUUCAUUAUGUUCAGGUUGUUGAUGAGAAAUUAAUGUGUUUAAGUAAAAAAAAAAAUUACUGUAAAAAAAAAAAAGAUAUCAACCAACCAACCAAUCACUCUCUCUCCCCGUGUAGGUGCUGAUCUCGGAGGGGCUGGGUCUGUACGCCAAGGACCCCAAGUUUGUGGCCUUCGCCAAACGGGAGAUUGCUGACGCGUGUCACAUGACAAUUGACGAGAUGGAGAGUGCGGCCAGCGACCUGCUGAGUCGGGGAAGCGGGGGCGGAGGGGGUGGCGGCUUCCUGAACAACCCCGACCUCGGAACCCUGUACAGCGACGAGGAGCCAAUCAGAACGUGCCGCGACGAAGAAGACCUGGCGGACGAGAUGACCUGCGUCACUUCCUUCUGA